CUUAUCAUUGAUGUUGAAACCAUUGGCCUACCUAUGCGUGGAGGUCUCCCAUAUGGGCAGUUCCCUUCACAUGAAAAACUUACUAUGUAUGACGGUGCCCGCGUUGUACAAGUUAGCAUGAUGCUCUGUAAUGAACAUUUUGAAGAAAUUGAACUUAAGGAUUUCAUCGUAAAAGCAGAUGGGUUCUCUAUCGAUAAUUCUCAAUUUCAUGGUAUCACUAACCAAAUCUCUGCCACUCAAGGCAUACCAUUCUCAGAAGUUGCUGAUGUACUCGCUUCAUACCUCAAUCAAGUUUCACAUGUUGUUGCGCAUAACGCCAAUUUCGAUCUUUCCAUUAUUAACAGUGAAUUGUAUCGCUUAGGCAUGCACUCUAUCAUCGCUCAGCUCCAAGCAAAACACAUCCUGUGCACCAUGAAAUAUACUAAGAUGCUUGUAAAAGCUCGGAAUAGUUACGGCAUCAAAGAUCCUUCUCUCGCAGAACUUUAUACCUUCGUCUUC